AUGGCCUCAGGAAAUACAUCCAACGGCGUCCCACCCACCGCAGAGGCAGUGAACCGCGCAUCUACAAACAGCUCAUCCACAACCAGCGCAGCCCCUACAAACGGCGCAUCACAACCCCCCCAAUCCGUCGCAGAUCUACCCCCGGCCGCCCUCGACCUCGCCGCGAAACUUUUCGACCUAGCCCGCGAAGGCAACACCACCACUUUGCACCAAUACAUCACUGCCGGCGUCCCCAAGAACCUCACAAACGCCACCGGAGACACGCUCCUCAUGCUGACCUCGUACCACGGACACGCUGAAACUGCGAAGAUGUUGCUGGACGCCGGCGCGGAUCCGAACGCGCUGAACGGGCGGGGCCAGAGUCCCAUUGCGGGCGCCGUGUUCAAGGGGUACGAUGAUGUGGUCAAGAUGCUGUAUGAGGCUGGCGCGCAUUUGGCAGCGGGGCAUCCGAAUGCUGUGGAUUGUGCGAUCAUGUUCAAAAGGGAUGCUGUCUUGGAGAUGUUUGGGAUCGAGAGGGGGGAGGGGACGGGGGGUAGAUUUGAUGGGCAGGCGUGA